AUGUGUGCCAUGUCAUACCCGACUUUCCUCAAAUCCCUACCGUACACAGGCGCCGCAAUGCCCAGUUAUCACUCUGCGUACACUGGUAAAACAACCACUGAGGGAGUAGCCGCGAGCCGGCUUCCGCAGUCGCUUCCACCGGACCACCCAGAUGUGCACAGAUGUGGCACACAAUACGGGUCAGUAUAUGACCCAGUCCGUACUUCAACAAUGCCGCUGAUAUCACAAGGACCAUCGUUGAAAGUCGGCACGCAUCAAACAGCUUCCCAUUCGUUCUGGUACAUGCCGCCGGGCUUCGAGGACGUUACACAUGGAACAUACACUGGCGGAUAUUUAUGUCAGCCAACGUGCAACAACAAUAGCUGGUCUUUAUACACGCCGUCAGCUUCAGCGGGGAACGAAACCCAGUCGGGGUUGUCCCACGAUUCUCGAAUAGACGUGACAGGGGAUCCGAAACCAAAUUUCAGCUACAUUGGUCUCAUCGCAAAGGCUAUCCUGAGCACAGAGGAACGUCGCAUGAUCUUGUCGGAAAUUUACCAGUGGAUUCAAAUGAACUAUCCCUAUUUCCGAUCCAGAGGUCCUGGAUGGAGAAACUCCAUUCGGCACAAUCUGUCACUGAACGAUUGUUUCAUCAAAAUUGGUCGCGCUGCAAAUGGAAAAGGACACUACUGGGGAAUUCAUCCGGCGAAUCUGCACGACUUCUUGGCCGGUGACUUUCGUAGACGCCGAGCACAAAGGAAAGUUCGUCAGGCUCUCGGAUUGGCUUGUAGUCACGAGGAUCACGACAGCCCGUCCCCAGACUCGCCCACUUUGGUUCCUGAAGUCCGUUCGUCGUCGAGUCCAUUGUUGGACACAGUUGGUUUGCAGCACACCACCUCAUAUAAUGCCCUCAUGGAACCAAACCGGAUGCGAAUGGUUCCAGCGAGCCAUGCUUCGAAUUCCGCAUUGUCACCUCCAUCGAAACGCAGCGCCAGUUACGACAGAACCGACUGGGGUGCGUUUUAUGGUGGAUAUCAAUACACGUCGGAAGACGCAACGUUAUCGUGGCUUUCGAAAAUGUUCUUCCUACACCAGCCCCGGCAACAACAAAUGCAGGUUUUGCCACAGGUAGACAACCUCUCUGGGAAUGCGACCGGUAUGCACACGACCUCCUUACAAACCACAAAGGGGAAACAUGGUUUCAGUGUUGCUCGCCUCCUUGAUGAGUCGGAGUGCGUCCAUAAGCCUCGAAAUUACUCUAGAUCCCGAAAAUCCAAUGAUCAUCCACUACCACGGGACGCACAUAGUUCAUACGAUGCAGAUUCAAAUGGAAAGUGUCAAACUUUUAGCUUGAUCAAAUCAGACGAUACCAUUUCCCUCCCCACUGCACUGGAUUUCACCACCUCCAAACGACGAAAAACUUGUCCAUAGAGAGCUU